AUGCCUGGGGCAUUAAUCUCCUGGCAAGGUGCUAUUGCUAAUCGAAUAGCUAUAAAUGCUGGCAAUGAAACAUCCGAUGAGGAAUCUGAGAGUGAAUCUGAAAAAGAAUCAUUAUCUGAUGAUGAAGAUGAAAAAAACAUCGCAAAUCAUACUCAUGUGAUUGAUUUUUAUUUUCGUACUCUUGCUUAUUGUAUUAAAAAUGAAAAUGAAAAGAUUGGUGCUGCAGCUUUACAACAAAUUGCAUUACAUUUAUCAGAUGAUAUUAGUGAUCAAAAACAAUAUCAACGACUUCUUCGACUACUUCCAUCAAAUUUAUCAUCUGCUACUAUACCUGAAAUACAUAAACCUAUCUUAACAACAAUUGAAAUUUUUCGUUCAAGAAAACAAACUACUAAUCAAGAUAUGCAAUCAAAUUAUACAUUAAUAUUUUUUAAUUGUCAUUAUCAAUAUCUAUAG